CACCACUCGAUGUAGAUAAAGUUAAUAAGGUCUUUGAACCCUUCAACCGACAAUCCUUGUAGCCACCCAUCAAGGUGAAGUCUUGAUAUCUGAACUAAGCGAUUUAUCAACCUGCCUUGCAACUUCAUCAAGUUCAAUCGGACACUUGGCUCAAAGAUGGCUUCAUGGAAACUUACACAGGCUCUCAAGGACAAAAUUACCCACUUUGCAUCGUUCCCACAGACAGGAGUUUCCUUACGGCAGAUGGUCAUGUUUGGACAGAACCCGUCUGCGGGAACAUUGUUGCGAGCUAGUGAAUUCAUUCAUGAGGAGCUACCUAUCAGAUUGGCACACCGGGUGAAAGAAUUGAAUGAGCUACCGAACCGUUUGAACGAAAUGCCGAGCAUCCUCAAAGUUCGCGAUUGGUACGCACAGUCUUUCGAGGAACUUGUGGAAUUCCCGAGACCAGAACUUCCGCCCGCGAUCAUGGCUCAGUUUGAUAAGGCCGUAGAGAAAGGAACCCCCUUACCAGCCAGCACCCCCAACCCCAGUUUACCACUACAUAUGCAAAAACCUUUGCUGCAGACGACAGGGAGACAAAGGCUUGGUUUGGCCCACAGGUAUUACGUCGAUCUUGGUACUAUCAACUGGCCACCAGAAGUCUACGAUUACAACGAGAAAUUCACUCAGACUUUGUCAGUCAUCAAACGGCGGCACGAUCCGGUAGUUACCACUAUUGCUCAGGGAGUUUUGGAGUACAAAGAGUUCCUCUCUGGGCCUGCAAAGACAAAAAUUCCUGCGGCGUCGAGAGUGAUCGAUCGAUCUAUCCAAACAUUUCUUGACCGAUUUUAUAUGUCCAGAAUCGGGAUCAGAGUCUUGAUUGGUCAACACAUUGCUUUGAACAAACUCGAACCUCACCCGGACUACGUUGGUGUGAUCUGCACAAACACCAAUAUUUAUCAGAUCUGCAGAGAGGCAAUUGACAACGCAGUCUUCAUCUGCGAGGAGCACUAUGCGUUAUUCAAAGCCCCGACCGUUCAGUUAGUCUGUCCCAAAGAUUUAACUUUCAUGUAUGUACCCAGCCAUCUGAAUCACAUGGUAUUUGAAGUUGUGAAGAACUCCCUGCGUGCUGUAGUUGAAAAGCAUGGUGUUGAUUCGGACGAGUUUCCUGCCAUCAAAGUCAUUGUGGCUUAUGGUGAGGAAGAUAUCACGAUCAAGAUCUCGGAUGAAGGAGGUGGGAUUCCACGUAGCGCGGUACCCUUGGUUUGGACUUACAUGUACACAACGGCGCAAACGCAAGGGUUAGAACAGAACUUUGGAGGAACGGACUUCAAAGCACCUAUGGCUGGGUUUGGUUAUGGAUUGCCUAUUGCAAGACUAUAUGCGCAGUAUUUCGGCGGGAACUUGAAACUCAUCCCUAUGGAGGGCUAUGGAACCGACGUUUAUUUACAUCUAUCCAGACUUUCGAGUAGUAGUGAGCCAUUGCAGUGAUGAUAAUUCUUUUGUGCAGUGAUGAUUUUUUUCUUCAAAUUUCUUUUGUCGUAUCUCGUUUCAUAAACUUCUUCUAGUUCCACAGCUGAACAUUUCACAACAGUACCAUGAACUUUCGCUACUUGUCUUCCUUAUCUGCAUGUACAGCCAGUUUUAUCAUGUCGUCGCUUCUAAACUUCAGUGUAUCGUUUUGUUAGGCAAGUAGAGUGAGUGUGUGAAAGAUGCAAUGUGCAGACAACAGUCAAUAUCUUAGCCUAUUGAUUGUAUCUAGUUAUCGUUGCAUACUGAUAUUAUCGGAUCAUCUCCAUUGCUUAAUGCAUACCACUAUAGCCUCAUUUCUAGAUC